AUGACUCACGCGCUCACGCGGCUGGCAGGGUUGACCGGCGCCUCUGCGAUUGGCGUCGCCGCCUAUGGCGCGCACGGCCUGAAGGUGGACGACCCACAGCGGAAAGUCGCGUUUGAGAAUGCUAACCGAUACCAUCUCAUCCACAGCGCCGUGCUACUGGCGUGUCCUUCUCAGAAGCGACCGAUGGUAACUGGGUCACUACUGGUCGUUGGCACGCUGCUCUUCUCCGGCUCCUGCUACGCUUACGCGCUCACGGGUGACCGAGAGAUGGGGAAGCUCGCGCCGGUCGGCGGAGUGUGUAUGAUGGCAGGCUGGGUCUCCUUCGUGGUGUGA